AUGAAGAGGAACCAGUCACUGGGCAGUAGGUCUGUAACAGGCAGCAGAAACUUUUCUUCUGCCUCAGUUGGUGCUGGAGGAGGUGGUGGUGGUGUAGGUGGUGGUGGUGGUAGUGGUGGAAGUGGUUAUUCACAUUCUGGAGGUUAUGGUAUGUCUUCCAGAAGCUAUUAUGAUCUUGGGGGGUCUAAGAAAAUAGCAAUGGUCCAUGGUAGCCGUGGAAGCACUGGUGGCUUUGGGUUUGGUGGUGCAGGUGGAGGUGGAGGUGGAGGUGGAGCAGGUGGGGGUGGAGGAGGAUUUGGUGGACCUGGUGGAUUUGGUGGACCUGGUGGAUUUGGUGGACCUGGAGGAUUUGGUGGACCUGGAGGAUUUGGUGGAGGAGGCUUUCCUGGCAAUGCCCAAGAUUUUCCUCUAUGCCCACCUGGUGGAAUUCAAAAUGUAACCAUUAACCAGAACCUUUUAGCACCACUUAAUCUGGAAAUUGACCCAACUAUUCAAAAAGUAAGAACAGAAGAAAGGGAGCAGAUCAAGACUCUCAACAACAAGUUUGCAUUGUUCAUCGAUAAGGUCAGGUUUUUGGAGCAGCAAAAUCAUGUCCUCAAAACUAAGUUGGGCUUCCUGCAGGAGCAUGGUCAAAAAGGGGGCACAAAAAGAAACAACAUUGAACCCCUUUUUGAGGCUUACAUCAAUAACCUUAAGCGACAACUGGAUGCAUUAAAUAAUGACAGAAGCCGUCUGGAGGCAGAACUGAGAAACAACCAAGACAUGGUAGAAGAUUUCAAAAACAAAUAUGAAGACGAAAUAAACAAACGCACAACUGCAGAGAAUGAAUUUGUGGUAUUAAAGAAGGAUGUGGAUGCGGCAUAUAUGAACAAAGUGGAACUGGAGUGUAAAGUGGAUCAGAUAACUGAUGAGAUCAACUUCCUGAGAACUCUUUAUGAAGCGGAAAUGAAUGACCUUCAAGGGCAGAUUGCGGAUACCUCUGUCAUCUUGUCUAUGGACAACAACAGAAGUCUGGAUCUCCAGGGGAUCAUUAGUGAGGUUAAAAAUCAAUAUGAAGAGAUUGCCCAGAGGAGCAAACUUGAGGCUGAAAAUGCUUAUGCGAUGAAGUUCCAGCAGCUAAAAGACACUGCAGGACAACAUGGCAAUAGCCUAAAAUCCAGUAAGAAUGAGAUAGCUGAGCUGAGCCGAGCAAUCCAGAGACUAAAGGCUGAAAUUGAAAACGUGAAGAAACAGUGUGCCAAUCUUCAGACAAGUAUCUCAGAAGCUGAAGAGCGAGGUGAGCAUGCUGUAGCUGAUGCCCAAAAGAAGCUUGAUGAACUCCAUACUGCACUUAAAAAGGCAAAGGAAGAUCUGGCAAAACAGAUGCGUGAGUACCAGGAGCUAAUGAGCGUGAAGCUGGCCCUGGAUAUUGAGAUUGCUACCUACAGAGCAUUGCUGGAAGGAGAGGAGUGCAGGUAA